AAUCUCCACUUCCGGUGGCCCAUUUAUUUUUCAGCUUGUUGGGCAACAGAAGCCCACCAAAAAAACCAUCGCUGCACUCCUUGCUCCUCCUUCGUAGUACGGCAGCGCAUCCACUCACCCGCACGUCGUUGUCCAAGUGAUGGGACGGCUAGGAGCAGCACCAUUCCUCCUUAAAACCUUCCCUGCAACCCUAGUGCUGCUUCUCCCUCCCUGCCGCCGCCACUCCUUUCUUCUUCUCGUCGCUCGAUCUUCUCCUCCUACGUUCCAAGAGAAAACAGCAGCCGCUGCUUCCGUCCGUACGUCGCCUGCGUGCUCGCCAAUCUCGCGCCGCGCCGCCGCCUCUUCGAGUCUCCGUUGACCUCUGUGUCAUCGUGCUCCUCGCGCGCGAGCUCAUCUCUGAAACGAUGUGCGUCUUCCUCUGCUCCAACCACGUCCCCGCCAGGCCGCCACCAGCGACACCCGCCAGCAUCAAGCCACGCCUCACCGACUAUUUCUUCCGUCGCUGUCCUGGACGUCCUCGUUUCUCGCCGCGUCGACCGACGUCAAGGUCUUCUCCGUCGUCCGCGCGCGCGUAUUCAAGCACGCCAGCCCGUUCUCCAUCCAUCGCCCGGCAGCUGCACCUCCUCGCCAUCAUCUGUGUAUUCUUCUUCGUCCGCGUCGACCUCGCCUCUGCAUUUUCCUCCUCGAACCGCGACCGUCUGCGUUCGUGCGUGUACCCACCUGCAACAUCUUCGCCGGCGCUCGCCUCCGCCAAGAUCGUCGUCCGCCGGCAGGGCUCAUCGUCGUUCCUCCGUUCUCCGUCGCGCGGCCAUUCAGUGCGUCCUCGCACGCGACGCGCACCAGCGGCCGUCUUCGACCGCGUUUCUCUUCACUGCGAGCUCACCCUGGGCCGCUCUGUUCCACGCCGCCGGCAGCAGCAUCCUCGACGCAAAACGUCCUCGACCUCCAUGCCCGCUUCUCCGCCAUGCCAGGUUCACCACAAGCAUGCAACGACGACCUCCUCCGGCUGCUCUUCCGUGUGUGCGCGGACAAGUUCCGCGUCCGCCGGUAGACCCGCCUGCCUCCGAUCGCCUCCGUCACCGAUCCUCCCGGACAGCCUCGCCUGUCUUCUGCGUCCGCCUCAAGCAGCACCUCUUCUCCGUCUACGUUCGUCCGAUCAAGACGUGCCCAACUGUUUCUUCAACUUGCGGCGCACCUGCUUCCAGUCAACAUCCAGUGCCCAGCUCAUCUGCUGGGCUGAGAAAAGGAGCAGCAACCAGCGCCAUGCAACUUCUCCCCUGGUUCCGCGGUUCAGCCGCAGAGGCUUGUUUCCUCUUCGCAUUUGCUUCUUCCCGGAUAGGAUCGCGAAGUGGUGUGGUGAGAUACGACAAGAUCUCCGGAUAUCCCUCGGCAAGCUUUAA